AUGGAUCAAGUUGAGAAGAGAUUGAACAAGAAGAAAUUCUUGAAAAGAACUUUGAAGUAUGUUUUCUCAAUUUCAGCUUUUUCUAUCUUCCUUUGUUACUACUCUUCUGACUUUUUCAUACACUCACAAACCUUCAAUGCUAACUUCUUCUGCACAUGCCUUUUCACCAUUUUCACUCACACCCUUGAAAGAAAAUACAUGUUUCUCAUUUGUAAUGGAAUCCUUGCAUUUCUAGCCAAGAACUUAUUCAUCAUUACAACUACCUCUUCAGAUUAUGACUUUGAUCAGUUUCAUGCUUCUGAUGACAUGGUAGUUGCCCCUCUCGCAAGCUUCGAAUCUUUGGAGGAAGUUUCUCUUAUGGCUGAAGAACUCGAAGAGGAAUACUAUGAAAAACAAGUUUCAGAAGCGGAAGAACAUAAAGAAGAUACCUUAAAUAUCCAAAAUGAAGGGAUAGAUGAAGAAGAAGUAACAGAAACUGAGGUUGAUGCUAAUGUGUUGGCACAAGAUUAUGCUGAUGAUGAUGAAGUAGAUGAAACAACAUUGACAACAAAUGAAGAAUUAGCAAAUACAGAAGAACUAAACAGAAAAUUUGAAGAAUUCAUAAGGAAAAUGAAAGAGGAGAUGAGGAUUGAAGCUCAAACACACCUUAUUGCAGUUUAA